GCGCCUCUCCAAACACGGGAAGGGGGGAGUGGUAUCAGUGUGACACACUCGCCAAAUGUCAACAAUGUGAAAAGAAGGUUCUUUGACUGCGGUGUGAGAGGUUAAACCAAGAUGGCCGCCCGCCGUGUCCCACUAGUCUUGUUAGCCUGCGGCUCGUUUAAUCCAAUCACCAACCAGCACAUGAGGCUGUUCGAGCUGGCCAGAGACCACAUGCACAGCACAGGCCAGUACCAAGUGGUGGGUGGCAUUGUGUCCCCAGUGAGUGACAGCUAUGGAAAGCAAGGCCUAGUACUGGCUAAGCAUCGUGUUGCUAUGGCAGAGCUGGCGCUUCAGAGCUCCAACUGGGUCACAGUUGAUGAAUGGGAGAGCCAGCAGCCAGACUGGACGGAGACAGUGGUCACUAUGAGGUAUCAUUACAGGCGUAUUCUGAAGGAGUAUGAGCGGAGCGUGGGAAUGCACAACAACUCGAAUCUGUCUCCCCAGCUGAAGCUUCUGUGUGGUGCAGAUUUCCUAGACACCUUCAAGAUCCCCGGCUUGUGGCGGGACGACCACGUCGAGGAGCUGGUCGGGCAUUUUGGCCUCGUCUGCGUCAGUCGAGGGGAGCUGCAGCCCGAGCGGGCCGUGCACGAGUCGGACCUGCUGUCCUACCGCAGGCACAACAUUUUCCACGUGAGGGAGUGGGUGAAGAACGAGACGAGCGCCACAGAGGUCCGCCGGGCACUGAGACGGGGUCUGAGUGUGAAGUACUUGCUUCCAGACUCUGUGAUAGAAUAUAUUCACCGGCACAACCUUUACACAGAAGACAGCGAGAUGAGAAAUAAGAGCGCGGUGCUGAGGCCGCUCGUUAAGCAGGCACAAGAGCCGGUAAAGAAUGUAAACAUUGCCAUCAGGAAAAUUGCCACCUUGCUGAAGCCUGACAAGGACAUCGUUCACGAGGGCGACCACAUAAUCAUCAAGACUCUCAGCACCUUCAAAAACUACAACAUGGAUUUCUACGUGGGCCAAGAGUUUGAGGAGGAUCUGUCUGGAGUGGACGACAGGAAAUGCAUGACCACCAUCACCUGGGAGGGGGACAGGCUGGUGUGUGUGCAGAAGGGAGAGAUCGAAGGGAGAGUUGCACUCUGCCCCCGUGCCCCCCACUCAUAUAAAAGCAACACAGCAUUAGGACACCCUGCCUCUUCCCCACUCCCUACACUCUUCAGUCACAUGCCAGCUUCACCAGCUGCAGCCAUGCCAGCAGACUUUAGUGGAAAAUGGAUACUGGAAUCCAGUGAGAAAUUUGAGGAUUACUUGAAAGUACUGAAUAUUGACUUUGCUACAAGGAAAAUUGCCAUCUCCCUAUCUCAGACCAAAGUGGUUUUCCAAGAUGGGGACAAGUUUGACUUCAAAACACUGAGCACCUUUAGGAAUUAUGAGCUGGCCUUCACUGUAGGGGUGGAGUUUGAUGAGUACACCAAGGGACUAGACAACAGAAAUGUCAAGAGUCUGGUGAAGUGGGAUGGGGACAAGCUUGUGUGCACUCAGAAAGGCGAGAAGGCCAACCGUGGCUGGAAGCACUGGACUGAAGGAGACAAACUCUACCUGGAGCUGACAUGUGAAAGUGUAGUUUGUCGUCAGGUGUUCAAGAAAAAAGAAUAAUAAAGUCAAUGCUUCUAAAUGAACGUGACAUGUUUUGUUAAAUAUAUGAGCAGAAUGAAUUGAUGAAUAAAGAUGCUUUG